CUUCCGGAAGCUUUCUGGUUGGGGCCCCCGUUCGCCUGCGCCGCCAGGACCCGUUUCGCCCCCGCUUCUCGGCGCCUCUGGCCGCGCGGAGCUGCUCCCCGACGCGCAGCGAGCGGAACCCGCUUCCUGCCUCCAGGGGGCAGCGGCCGCGACCCGGCCCCUGCGUGGACAUCUCGGCGCCCGCGCCGCUCUUCCUGUCGCUGCGAGUGGCUGGCCGACCAGUGGGCGGCCAGGGCCGGCGGUCGCCAUUCCCGUGUCUCUGCGCCCGCGGGGGCCGCCCGAGCCGCCCACGAUGCCACUGGGCCUGAAGCCCACCUGCAGCGUCUGCAAGACCACGUCGUCCUCCAUGUGGAAGAAGGGCCUGCAGGGGGAGAUCCUCUGCAACCACUGCACGGGCCGGGGCGGCACGGGCGGUGGGGGCGCCGGCUCAGGGGCGGCCGGCGGGACUGGGGGCGGCAGCGGCGGUUUCGGCGCGGCCCCCUUCGCUAGCACCUCGGCCGCCCCUCCUCAGAGCAACGGGGGCGGGGGCGGCAAGCAGAGUAAGCAGGAAAUUCACAGGAGGUCUGCUCGGCUCAGAAACACUAAAUACAAAUCUGCUCCAGCUGCUGAAAAAAAAGUUUCCACUAAAGGAAAAGGCAGAAGACAUAUUUUUAAAUUAAAAAAUCCCAUCAAAGCUCCUGAGUCUGUUUCUACCAUAAUCACUGCAGAAUCAAUCUUCUACAAGGGAGUGUAUUACCAAAUUGGAGAUGUUGUUUCUGUAAUUGAUGAACAAGAUGGAAAACUCUAUGCUCAGAUCAGGGGUUUCAUCCAGGACCAGUACUGCGAGAAGAGUGCAGCACUGACGUGGCUCAUUCCUACUCUCUCUAGCCCCAGGGACCAGUUUGAUCCUGCGUCCUACAUCAUAGGACCAGAGGAGGAUCUUCCAAGGAAGAUGGAAUACUUGGAAUUUAUCUGUCAUGCACCUUCUGAGUAUGUCACGUCACGUUCAUCACCAUUUCCCACAGUUCCCACCAGACCAGAGAAGGGCUGUAUUUGGACUCAUGUUGGACCUACUCCUGCAAUAACUAUUAAGGAAACAGUUGCCAAUCAUUUGUAGUUUCAAAGGUAAAACUGAUUUCCAGUUAUCUUGUAUUCAUAGUACUACAGGAUAUUCCACAUGUUUCUUUAAUGACAUUCUUGGAUGGAAAAA